AUGAGGGAUGAACUGCUGCAGUAUCUCAAGACUCGAUAUGGUGUCGUCAAAAGCCAGUUUCCGGGAGAAGGACGCCGACGGUGGCAAAUUCGGGCGCUGAAAGAGCUCUGGAACGACCCAAACGCGUUGACAACCAAUGCUGAUUCCUUUUCAACACCGGUGGUGACUAUACACGAGGUACUGCAGGACCCCGAUCCUUUUGAUCACAUCACAAAGGACUGCGCCGAGUUGGGCAUCCUGCUGCGAACUGAUUUUGCUAACGAGGCUGCAUGGCAAGACUUCGUUGCCCGACUCCAAGCGGCAGAGAAAGACUUCAUUGCGUCGUUGAAGGAACAAGAGACAGUCGCCGACAAAUCAACUGAGGGAGAUGGUGGUGGCGCAGACGAAAGCAAGAUGGACGUCUCCGACUCGGAAUCGGACGACGACGAGAGUUCCCCGAUCAUCAAACUCAUCUCGCCGGAUGCAGCAGACGAACGAGCUCGAUUCACGAAUAUCUCGAACCUCACCGCGCUGCGCCUCUUCAACGAUGUCGACAUACGGCCUGCACCGACGCCAUCAACUCCCAGGGACCGCAUAUCCCCUCCAAAUCCACUCAUAGAUGUUCGAGGCUGGCAAGAGGUCUAUUCUGGCGUUGGCCUCUGGAUAUACGACGCCAAGUCUAACACGGACCAAUGUGUACGGCAAGUUAGCCAGGAAGGACAUUUCUAUGGCACAGCUACCGGCGAUAGCUGGCGCGCCAGAGUGUCGCAUGUAAGCGAGCUGCAAUUCAACAUGGCAGUCUCAGGAAUGAGAAUCAACUUCGGGGAACUCGACCGUUGGGACUACAGCGAGAGGAAACGCAAUCUCGAUGAAGCGGCCACCCCCAUAUAG